CUAUCCAAUUUAAAAACAAAUCCGAAAAGCGGACUCCCCCGUCUCCAUUUCAAAAACGAAACGAUCACCAUUCACCAGCUCUUCUACCGGAAAACAGAAACAAUUCAAACCCAUAAUCAUCUAACGGUCACCAACUUUCUGAAUACUCUGCUCUCUCCAUUAUUUUUGCUCUCUCUUUCUCUCCCUCUUUUUCAGUUUUUGUACCGGAAAAUACAUAUUACAAUGACGAGCAAUUUGAAGUCCUUAACCCCAGCAAAACCCUCAAAACCAAAGACCAUGAUAUCCAAUGUUCGAGUAAUUGUUCGUGUACGCCCGUUUCUCGCUCAUGAAACCGCAUUACAGGAUGAACAUACGAUUCCUUGUGUCUCAGUUCUGGCCGCUAAUGCUGAGAUUGAUUCCCCUGAUGAAGUUUCUGUUCAUCUUAAAGAUCAAGAAACCAGUCGACAAGAAUGGUAUAAAUUGGAUGGGUAUUUUGGGGGAGAAGAUGAUAAUGUAGAAUGCAUAUUUGAGAAAGAAGUGAAGCCGUUAAUUCCUGGAAUUUUUCAACAAUGUAAUGCCACUGUCUUUGCUUAUGGCGCUACUGGUAGUGGGAAGACUUACACUAUGCAGGGGAGUGAUCUACAACCAGGGUUGAUGCCACUAGCCAUGUCAACAGUUUUAUCUAUGUGCCAAGCAACAGGAAGCAUUGCCGAGAUAUCUUAUUAUGAAGUGUAUUUAGAUAGGUGCUAUGAUCUCUUGGAGCUCAAAGAAAAAGAGAUCUCAGUAUUAGAUGAUAAAGAAGGUCAAAUCCACCUACGAGGACUGUCCCGAGUAUUGGUGACUUCAAUUUCCGAGUUCCAUGAUGUGUUUGCUCGUGGCAUCCAAAAACGUAAAGUUGCUCAUACUAGUCUAAAUGACGUUUCUAGCAGGAGCCAUGGGGUACUUGUAAUUACUGUUUCUAAAACUUCUGAUCAAGGCCUGGAGACUAGUAUUACUGGGAAGCUGAACCUUAUAGAUUUAGCAGGCAAUGAAGAUAACAGAAGGUCUGGAAAUGAAGGUACCAUGUUGCAAGAGAGUGCUAAGAUUAACCAGUCAUUGUUUGCAUUAUCUAAUGUCAUCUAUGCUUUGAAUAACAACAAACCUCGGGUUCCGUAUAGAGAGACCAAGUUAACUCGCAUACUGCAGGAUUCUCUUGGAGGAACUAGUCGUGCACUGAUGGUAGCUUGUCUGAAUCCAGGAAACUAUCAAGAGGCAGUUCAUACAGUUAGCUUAGCAGCUCGCUCUCGCCAUGUCUCCAAUAUAGUUUGCUUAGCACAUAAACAAGACACCCCAAAGCUAAAGAUUGACAUGGAAGCUAAAUUGCAAUCAUGGCUUGAAUCUAAAGGAAAAGCAAAGAGUUACCAGAGAAAGGUAGCAUUUGGUUCCCCCUUUUUCCUCCCGUCCCCUAGUCACAUCAACUCUAUGAAGAAACAAGCAGCAUCACAUAGCUCUGUAAACGCAAAAGCUAAAGGAGUUACCGUGAAAGACAGCUUCAUUUCUAUGCCUCAAAGGAAACUGUUUGUUACUGAAGCUGCAUCUGAUUCAUGCAAAGAUGAUAGUGUUUGUGUUCAAGAAUCGGAGGGUUUAAAAGACUUAAACCUAAGUAGAACAAAGGAGGUUCUGACGGUACUUGGAGACAGGCAAUUGAACAGCAAACCAGAAACUCAGCAAUUGGAGAACUCUCAAUGUUGCUUUUCUGAGGUGAAGGAGCCUGAUGUGGAGGAUAGUUUAAAUCAAACAAUGUUGGAUUUUACCAGUUUUGAGUCAACAGCCGGUUUGCCUGAUGAGCUUCUGGAGGAUGAUGAAAGGGAGGAAAAUAAUAGAGCUGGAAAGUUCAUUCAAUCUCCUUCAAACAGGCCCAAAAUAACAGCAUGUCAGAGUCCAUUGAGGAAAGCUUUAUCACCGAUCAAUUCCAAUAUAACUACAAUGCCAAUCGUGGAAGUCUCAUCUAAAGACAAUGUGCUCUCAACCACUCCAAAAACUCCCUUCAUUGUGACCCGGGAAAAAUCCCAAGAUGUUGAUACUCCACUAGAUAAAUUCAAUAUACGAAGUUCUAAUAUGAAGAGCUAUCUUAUUCAGGAGUAUAUAGAUUUUCUCAAUACUGCAACAAGAGAUGAACUGUUGGAGCUAAAGGGCAUUGGAGUGAAGAGAGCGGAAUACAUUAUCGAGCUUAGAGAAUCAAGUCCAUUGAGAUCGCUGAAUGAUCUGGAGAACAUUGGCCUUUCGUCGAAGCAGGUCCAUCACAUGUUUAGCAAAGCUGCUAAGGACAUAUUUGCAUGAAGAGGCAUUCAAGAAACAUAAACCUGUUGUAGAAGCUGUUGAGAAUGUUGUGUAUUUGAUUUGCAGACAUGUAUUCUGUGUAUUAACCCUUUCAUUUUCUUGUUCAUAUAAAUGUGGAGUUUUGUGUAUGUGGAUUAUAAAAAAAAAGUUGUAUCUUUUCAAGCAUUACAUUAUAAAUUUAACCACCCAUAUCUUGGUUAGUUUCAAUAA